AUGGGAAUGAUUCAGACUCCUCGAUUGAUCAACGCGGAUCGUUCGCGAACACCGCUCAUUCACCGCUCGCGCCGUAUUCAAGGGACGGUUGUCAUGGCGGCAGUGCGUGCUUUACGGACUAGUGGCAUCUUCUUACUGUUAUUUUUAAUAAUAAGAACGCAAGCGGAUACAGCCCCAUGGAUAUUCGCGGUGAACGUGAACGAUAGGGCGUGUUCCGAGUUGAAAUGUGUUUACAACUUGAAUGUGAACGGCUUCGGGUUCGAUGUGUGGUCGUUAACCUACGUGCCGGCGGCGCGCGGCGGAGGUUGCGAGGGGCGGUUUCUCGAGCAGAAACUGACAAAGGCCGUGGAGCUGGUGGUGCCCGCUGCGGAAAAGCUGUUCUUCUGCGCGAGGGGAUCCGAUGGCGUGUGGUACCACCAGGGCGCAGGCUUAUUUUUGGACGGCAAUGACGUCAUCGGGCCGAUCGCACAGCCCGAGCGGUCAGAGUUGGAAUCCGACGAGGACAAUGAGGUGGACAGUGACGUCACGCGCGACGGUACCCAUGAGAUGUCCAACCGCGAAGAUGACGAAAGACCACGGUACAUCGACGACUUGGCGGUGAACAAUGGUGGGGUGGAAGUUAGCGACGUCAUCGUCGAGACGUUUCCCUAUCCAGCCAGCGGGAAGCCGGAGAGGAUGCAGGAGUUGGAGCCCAGUAAAGACGCGGCUGCAAGGAUAAGGCGCCAAGCAAAUGAGACAGAAGCGGAGGCGACCAUCCCCUCCGUCGCAGAGAGCAGCCUCGCAGAGAAGCCGGCCAUGGUGGUGAACACCACCUUGAGGGUGAUGGGCCUGAGAGUGGAGGAGGCGGACAAGGAGCCGAAGAUAGUGGACGAGAUGAUACCGAGCGUGCUCCGCGAGACCAAGUUCACGAUGCGACUGUUCGGCGAAGGGUUCAGCGAGAGCACGGAGAUCGCCUUCACACACGUGCCGGAGGAUUUUGGCACGCUGUGCCACUUCCUCCUGGCUGGGGAGUACAAGGUCAAGGAGGCCAGCGCGGACUCGGCCCUCUUCGAGCUGACCGCCCCCCAGCCGCUGGAGGAUUACAGGUUCUACAUCUGCGCCAGGAACAGCCCUGGCGGCGACUUCGUCCACCAGGGCCGCGAGAAGUGGAAGAUCCUCGGCACCCACAACAAGCUGCUGCCCCUCUGGGCCUCUCUAAUCCUCAUCGUGAUCCUCCUGAUGCUCGCGUCCCUCUUCUCCGGCCUGAACCUCGGCCUCAUGGCCCUGGACCGCACCGAGCUGAAGAUCAUAGCCAACACGGGAACUGAGAAGGAGAGGAAGUACGCGCGCGCCAUCAUGCCGGUGCGCGCUCACGGAAACUACCUCCUGUGCACGAUCCUGCUCAGCAACGUGGCGGUGAAUAGCACGUUCACUGUGAUCCUGGACGACCUGACCUCGGGGCUGGUGGCCGUGAUAGGGUCCACCCUGGCGAUAGUGUUCAUAGCGGAGAUAACGCCGCAGGCGAUAUGCGCACGCCACGGUCUAUUCAUCGGGGCGAAGAGCAUCUGGAUCAUGAAGAUCGUGAUGGGGAUAUGCGCACCGCUCGCGUGGCCGACCAGCAAGUUGCUGGACUACUUCCUAGGCGAGGAGAUCGGCACCCACUACAACCGGGAGCGGCUGAAGGAGCUGGUCAAGAUCACGAACCACGUGAACGACCUGGACAAGGAGGAGGUGAACAUCAUCUCGGGCGCCCUCGACCUCCGCAAGAAGACCGUCAGGGACGUGAUGACGAAGCUGAAGGACUGCUUCAUGCUGCCAAUCACCAGCGUGCUGGACUUCGAGACGAUGUCGGAGAUAGUCAAAUCAGGGUACUCCCGCAUCCCCGUGUACGAGGGGGCGCGCGGCAACAUAGUGACGGUGCUGUUCAUCAAGGACCUCGCCUUCGUGGACCCCGACGACAACACGCCGCUGAAGACCCUCUGCCAGUACUACCAGAACCCGUGCAACUUCGUCUUCGAGGACGUCACCCUGGACGUGAUGCUGAAGCAGUUCAAGGAAGGCCACAAGGGUCACAUGGCGUUCGUGCAGCGCAUCGAGGAGGGCGACGGGGACCCCGUAUACGAGACGGUGGGCCUGGUGACCCUGGAGGACGUCAUCGAGGAGAUGAUCCAGGCGGAGAUAGUGGACGAGACGGACGUCAUCAGCGACAACCGCACCAAGAAGCGGCUGACGAGGCCGCUGAACAAGUUCCAGGACCUGGCCUCGUUCGCGGGCCACCAGCCGCACAGGGUGCACGUGUCCCCGCAGCUGGUGCUCGCCGCCUUCCAGUUCCUCAGCACCAGCGUGGACCCCUUCCGGCAGGACAUGAUCUCGGAGACCGUGCUGCGCCGGCUGCUGAAGCAGGACGUGAUGCAGCACAUCAAGCUGCGGGGCGACGAAGACAGGAACGACCCGAAGAGAUACGUCUUCCAGGAGGGCAAGCCGGUGGACUACUUCGUGCUGAUCCUGGAGGGCCGUGUGGAGGUGACCGUCGGGAGGGAGAACCUCGUCUUCGAAGCUGGACCCUUCACCUACUUCGGGGUCCAGGCGCUGACGCAAAACGUGGGCUUGGCCGAGACCCCCGCGCCCUCGACCCUCGGCUCCCUGCAGAACCUGAACAUGGACUCGAUGCUGCGCCACACCUUCGUGCCGGACUACUCGGUUCGGGCGAUCGCCGAGCUGUACUACCUCACCAUAAAGAGGUCCAUGUACCUGGCUGCCAAGCGGGCCACCCUGAUGGAGAAGGGCGCCCUUAACAAGGGCGGCACCAACGAACAAAUCGAGCCCGAGGUGGACAAGCUGCUCCGGGAGGGUGAUAGAAUCGAAGAGGUCCCUGAGAGAGAGAAGCCUCCUAGACAGUUUCUGCCGACCUCCGCCAGCCCCCUCACCAAUUCCACCUUCAAGGCGGCAGACAAAGAUGGCAACCCUGAGGAAGAGAAGCUGCUGAAGAAG